CUGACCAGUUUUUGGUUUUAACAACGCACAUCGCUUCAUUUUUUGGGCCAUGCACGCGCGAUUAUCCACGCGUUGGCCACACCAACGCUGUGCCACGGCAUGGAAGGCGGCUGGUGCCCUUCAACAUCUACGGCCAGGGGGCGCCAGAGGUAGCACCUUCGAUGCACGGGCCAACACAUGGGACACGCCCAAGAAGGUGGAGCGCGUGGCCUGGGCUGCACGCUUGGUGGAAGCUCGGCCCUGGUUCCGUACACAGCCAGAGGCCAUGGGCCGAUGUCUGGAUUUCGGCACCGGCACAGGUCUGCUGGCCUUCGAGUUGCAGCGCUUCUGCCGAAAAGUGGUGGGCGUGGAUACCUCCGAGGGCAUGUUGCAGGUCAUGGAGGACAAAAUCGCUGCAGCCGAACUGCAGUCCAAGAUGAGCAUUGCCAGACGUCUCGGCCCACACCUCGGAGACUUUGAUCUCAUCGUCAGCAUGCUGGCCAUCCACCACGUGGUGGACUGCGGUCUUCAGAUCAAAGAACUUUGCAAACACCUUGCGCCCGGUGGCCGCCUGGUGGUCGUCGACUUCGAGGCCACGGAGAACGCGCCGGUCUUCCAUCGCUUCCAAGACAGGAAGGGCGACCACUAUGAACACGACGGCCCCUCGGGGUGGACCCACGUCCCCGUGGACGCAGGGCGUGGUGGUGGUGACGGUCACAGGCCACAUAUGUCCACAUCUACCCAGCUGAAACUUUCAGAAACCAAUCCUGUUGACCUUGUGUUUGGUGGAAUCGUCCGGUGGGACAAGCCAACAUUAUGUCAUAGACAUAAGUGAUCAUAUGGGGAAUGGUUGUGGCACGGCAUAGUGUGGCAUUAAAUCUCUUUGUAGAGUUUCUCUUGAAUUCACUAAGUUUGAAUGAAUACAGUACUUUCCACCAGUUGUUCCCUACAGCAACAGGUGAACUCUGCAGAGAAAGAUCAUAUUCAAUCCCCAGCCAUGGGCCGGGUUGAUGACUCGGGGGUCAUCAAAGGGCAGGUCGUCAGGUAGACAACUACCAAGCCGAAAAUGAACAUUGUUCACGUUGCUAGUCAUGGCUGCAUAGGGAGAAAACACCUGUCAAAAUUGACCUUCAGGUUGCCAGAAAGAAUUGUCUUCUUCAAGCUGGUCCCUUUCCCAAGAACUAAGUAGUGAAAAACUGUUGCCUUUCCCAUUCUCCUCUGAAGGCUUUUCAUAUCCGUCACUUGCCACAUUUGGCGAGUUGCAACACAACACCAAGAGUUUACUUUGGGAGAUUGACCAGCUUUAUCAAGUGUUGCUCCCUCGAAUUGGAUGGGACAAAGCCUCAAGCCAAAGAAGACCUCUGGCUGGGCGUCUGACGCCGACGCCGCACAUCGACGUCCCCCAUGGAUCGGUCGGAGCCCCGUCUCCGAGCCCGUUUGAAACGGUGGGUGGCGGUUUUGGAUGUAGUCUCAGACGGUGCUUCAGACCUUUUUUUUUGAGUCCGGGUGUUUGUCAGAGUGCGCUGUUUUAUGAUUUUU